UCUCUUCCUUCUUUCCGUAUAUAUAAUUUCAUUCUCUCUAGGAAUCGAUCGAUCUUCCGGGGAAAUAUGUUAGGGUUCAGUGCUCGACUGCAUCCGCCAAACGCCCUUCCUUCAAUCACAUCAACACCACCCAAACCCCUCAAAUCGCGAUCUUCGACACCCAAAUCCCCACCACAUAAAACCCUCCCAAGAAACAAUCCGAGAAAAUUUGCGGUGCGAGCAGAGAACGGGAACGGAAACGGCGGCAUCGCCACCAAUGCCAAGGAAGAGAAGGAGGCGAAGAAGAAUGGCGGCGACGGUGAGGAGGAUCCGAGGAGGAACGGGCAGCCAAGAUUCAAUCUGAGGUGGGUGGAUUUGGUGGUGGACCGAGACCCGGACAACAUCCUGGCCGUGGGAUUGACGGGGAUACUGACGUGGGCGAGCGUGCAGGUGCUGUGGCAGCUGCUGUUGAUAUCGGUGGCCAUAGUGGUGGCUGCUCUCAAGUAUUCUUUCAUUGCCGCUCUUCUCAUUUUCAUCCUCGUUACCCUGCUUUGAUAUAUAUAUAAUAAUAUGUAUAUAUAUCUGUAAUUUCAAUGGUAAUUAUAUAUAUGUAUAUCUCUGUAUUUCAAUCACUCAGAAUGAAUGGGUAACUGGAGAUCAAUGACGAGUUUUUAUUUUAAUUUUGAA